GCAGAGAGAGAGAGAGAGAGAGAGAGGGGUCAAACCUUAUCCACAGCUAGCCCACACUUGGGCAGAGGUAGUGUUAAUUAGAAGCCAGCUGAACACAUAAUUAACCAGAAGGGAAGAGGAGGGAGAGAGAGAGAGAGAUUGAAGCCAAUUCAACCCAAACCUUAUUCACAGCUCACAAUUGACCCUUGGGAGGAAGGGAGGAGGGAGACAGAGAGAGAGAGAGAGAAGAAGAAGAAGAAGAAGAAGAAGAAGAAGUACGUUACUUCGAGAGGAAGUGGAGUGACUAAGUGAGUUCUCAAUCCAUGGGGGAGGUGGUGGCCAACAAUAACGGAGGAGGAGAAAGAGAUUCUCCGGUGUCGCCGCACUUCGUGCUGGUGCAUGGAAUAUGGCACGGGGGAUGGUGCUGGUACAAGAUCAGGUGUCUCUUAGAAAGCUCCGGCUACAAAGUCUCUUGUCCUGACCUCAAAUCCGCUGGAAUCCACCCAUCAGACGCUGCCUCUGUUCUCACCUUCGAUGACUACAACCAACCUCUCAUCGACUUCCUCUCUACCUUGCCUCCUCAUGAUCAAGUGAUAUUGGUUGGGCACAGCGCCGGAGGAAUGAGCGUGACAGACGCCAUUCAUAAGCUUGGGAAGAAGAUUCAUGUCGCCAUCUAUGUCGGUGCCACAAUGUUGCGUUUCGGCUUCUCCACCGAUCUUGAUAUGCAGGAGGGUUCACCAGAUUUAUCAGAUGAGCUAGAGAUUGUAUUGGGACCGGAUCAGCUUCCCACCAGCUGUUUUCUUAAGAAAGAAUUUCAACGCAAGCUCAUGUACAACUUGAGCCCUUUGGAGGACUCAAUCCUUGCAACGAUGCUAUUGCGUCCAGGACCACUAAUGGCAUUACAGCAGGCACGGUUCAGCGAAGGACCCGAAGCAGAGCAAGUGAAGAGGGUAUACAUAAAAACACUGCAUGAUAGGGUCCUCACGCCCGAGCAGCAAGAUGCAAUGGUUAGAAGGUGGCCACCUUCCCAGGUGUUUGCUCUGGAGAGUGAUCACAGCCCCUUCUUCUCCACUCCCGUUCAGCUCUUCACCUAUCUGCUCAAAGCCAUUGCUUCCAUCCCUUCCAAUUAAGAAGCUUUGUAAGUUGUAACAGAAUCAGUACCUCAAAAUAUUUAAUCUUCAUUAAUGAAUUCCCUGUUUAACCA